GUGUUUGUGUGGUUUUGUUUUUUGUUAAUUUCAAUUCAAAGUUGGCCCAACAAAUAAAAAAAGUUGACCAACCGGAAGGAAAAGUUGUUGUGGGGCAUUGCCGGUGUUAAGGAUCUUUUUGUGGUUUUAAGCCUACUGCUCCUCGUUUGAAAUUUGUUGUUGUGGGUGGGAUUGGGUAUAUGGUAGUCAUUGGUCUCUAGUACCACUGACAGAGUUUUUCCAAAAAAAUGCAAGCGCGACCGUGUGUGUGUUUAAUAUAGAAAAAUAUUUAAUUGAAGAAAAUUACAAGUGGAAAUUAUACAAGUGCUAAUUGUGAAUAUGUUUUCCGUGUAAUCUUCAAAAGAAAAAAAAAAAAGUAAUAAAGAGAAACAAAUAAAGAAAAUCUUGAACAAAAUGUGUCCCCAUAAGAAUGCAGAUAAUGGUUUUCAAUAAUGAUGACUAUAGUGAUACAUACGCCUACACAUUUAUCCCAAAGGUUUUGGGUGUUUUGUGAAAAUUAAAAUUUUCAAAUAAAAAAAAAACUCAAUCAAAAACUACCAACAACAUUUCCCACACUCUUUACAUUUGGAUUAAACUGCACGCACCUGUCAUCUUCAACAGCUUUUGGUAAAACUAAAGAUCUCCGAGUUUUCAAAAAAAGUGCUUUGCUCCUGAUUGUUGUUGAUGAAAAUCCUCCCUAGAAGUGGAAAAAUGGAUUCAUUGAAAUCAAUAGAAACUGCUCUAUAUUGAAAUUCCAUGCAGCGAUUGGAUUCUUGCAAAUAUCUCUGAAUUGGCAAACUUUCUCAACAUAGUUUUUUUUUACCAGAAUAUCCAAGUGUAGUUGUUUAAUACGCCCAACCAACUACAACCAUUUGGAAGCGUUCGACUACGAGUGCACGUCAAAUGCCAUGUUUGAAACACAAAAAAAAAACAAAAUAAAGUGAAAGUGCAAAUGUGAUUGCCUUGGUAACAUAAAUUAAAUUUCAUUAUUCUCUAACGUUUAUGCAGUGCAAAAGUGUUUAAAGGCAAAAACAAACAAGCAAACAAAAAAUUACCAUCAAAGGUCACUUAUUUUAUUGCCCUACAACAGCUGCGUUUAACACUAAAAAUUUAAACUGAAAAUUAAUACAAUACCAACAACUCAUAAUAGCUGUCAAUUCGUUUCGCUGUGUUAGUAACAACUGGGGCCAUUAUCAUCAGCAGCAUCAUCCUAGUCAACAGAUAUCCUCUUUCGUUUUGGAAUCCAGCUUUAUUCCCCCCCCAAUGGAUAGGGCUUUUAGAAUUCAAAUAAUGUGUUCUUGGAGAAAAAUGCUGUGGUUCCUACUACUAUUGCUCAUUGCAAGAAAGGCGCAUAGUAUUGAACUAACAGGGCAGGCAAUUAAAGAUGCCAUGGCCGAAUUUGAUCUGCUGGCCAUGAUAAAUGAAAAUCUCAAUGGCAUUGAAUUCGACUACGCCGAAGAUGGUUUUCCCGCCUAUAAAAUUUUACAAAUAGCCGAUAUAAAAUCACCCUAUCGCAUGAUAUUGCCCGAGAGACUUAAUGCCUUUGCCGUACAGACUACAUUUAUGCCCACCUCAGCCAAGGGGGGUUAUUUGUUUAGUGUUGUCGAUCCUUUGGAUACCGUAGUGCAAUUUGGAUUGCAUUUCUCGCCGGUCAUCAAGGAUACAUGGAAUGUUUCGCUGCUCUAUACAGAUACCACUACCAGCUCGAUAAGCAAACGUUUGGCAACCUAUCAGUUGCCCUAUGAGCCCAAAAAGUGGGUAACUGUAGCGCUUAAGGUGAUGAGUGACAAAGUGAUUUAUUACUACAAUUGUGAGGAAAAAGAGACCACAUUGGUGAAAAGAGAUCCCCAAGAAUUGGUGUUUGCCUCAUCGUCGACUUUAUAUUUGGCACAAGCUGGCCCUAAAUUGGGCGGUAAUAUGGAGGGUUUCUUGCAAAAAUUAAAUGUUUAUGGUAAUCCGGAAGCCUUAUCGAUUACCUGUGUGCCUCAGCCUAAGGAGACGGAGGUAACUCCAGAUACAGAUUAUAAUGAAGUUGAUUUUGAUAGUUCGGCUUCGUUUAUACCUGGCGAAGAAGGUUCCGGAGAUUUUUCUGAUUACUUUAAUUGGGACAAAGCCACAAGCAUUUACGAUGGCAGUGGUAUGCCGCCACAGCAAUCACAAUUUCCACAUGAGAGACCUUAUCGUACCACCAAAGGUGAAAAGGGUGACCGUGGCCCCAAGGGACCACCUGGUGAUAGCAUACGUGGUCCUCCAGGACCACCAGGUCCCGCUGGUCCCAAGGGUGAACCCAGUUCAUUUCCACCUUUCAUUGAUUUCUCAGCAAACCCAGAUGCGAAAUACACUGGCAAAUGUACAUGCAAUGCGUCUGAUAUCCUAGAAGCAAUAAAAGAAAACGAUUUACUGCGCGAAACCAUACGUGGGCCACCAGGAAUGCCGGGUAAAGAGGGUAAAACAGGAGCUCCAGGCCGUACGAUUACAACUACCGAAAAGGGUGCUACUGGGGUGCCAGGUGAACGUGGUGCCCCCGGUCCCAAAGGUGAUCGCGGCGAUAGGGGCGAUCCUGGUCCUCGUGGCCCCGAAGGUCUACAAGGUCAUAAAGGUGAGCCAGGUGUCGACGGCAUGCCUGGUGUCGUGGGUCCUCCAGGACCACCAGGUCCACCUGGUUUGCCCGAGAACUAUGAUGAAUCAUUAAUGGGCAACUCAAUGGGAUCAUUGCGUAGCAGCUCACCUGGACCAAAAGGUGAGCCUGGGGUCAAAGGUGAAAUGGGCCGUCCUGGCGAACGAGGUCAACAAGGACAAAAGGGUGAGCGUGGUGAUCCAGGCAUGACAGGCGAAAAAGGUGAUAGGGGUCAUACAGGACCUCAUGGACCGGCUGGCAUUAAAGGUGAACCUGGCCAGCCUGGUGUGCCUGGCAUUAGUGGCUCUCCUGGCGCUUCGGGAUUGAAAGGUGAUCGUGGUCUGCCGGGUGAGAUUGGCCCCAUGGGACCUCCCGGCUCUCCUGGACAAAUUGUCUAUGCAGAUACUCCAUUUGGCACACAGAACACAACGCAGUGCACCUGCCCCGCUGGACCAUCCGGUCCCAUAGGCCCUCGUGGACCGGCCGGCUAUGAUGGGGCACCCGGUUUGAACGGUGAGCCUGGUCCAGCUGGUUCAAUCGGUUUGACCGGCCUGCCUGGUGGUAAAGGCGAGAAAGGCGAAAAAGGUUUGCGUGGCUUGAGCGGACCGAAAGGUGAUCGUGGACCAGAGGGUCCGCCUGGACAGGCCUUUUUCGCUGGUGGUUUCGAAGGCAUGGCUAUGAAUGGCACCAAGGGUGAGAAGGGUGACAAGGGUAUGCGUGGUCGUCGCGGCAAACCGGGAACAGCUGGACCAAUUGGACCUCCGGGCAAACCAGGUCUAAUGGGCGAAAUGGGUCAUGCGGGUCGUCCCGGUAUGCCAGGACCAAAAGGAGAUAUGGGGCCAAAAGGAGUUAAAGGUGAUACCGGCGGCCGUGAAGGGCCAAAAGGCGAUAAAGGUGAUCGUGGUUUGGAUGGACGUGAUGGUAAACCAGGACCUCCCGGCUUACCUGCUGCCUCGGGAGAAGGUGUGCAAUAUGUUCCUAUGCCUGGACCACCGGGACCUCCUGGUCCACCAGGACCCCCUGGCUUGCCUGGCCUUUCGAUAUCAGGACCCAAAGGAGAACCAGGCAUUGACUCAAGAAAUGGCUAUUAUGGGGAUGCUUCAUACUAUGGCAGACCAGAUGAACUCAAAGCUUUGCGUGAACUACAAGAUUUAAGAGAUCGCCCGGAUACAAGUUCGGGACCUCCUGGGCCUCCUGGACCACCCGGACCUCCAGCUGGUCGCCAUCAUGAUCGCGAUGAAGAUGAGGAAACUCCAUAUUUCUCGGCUUCAUCUUGGAAUAUGCGCAUAGUACCGGGUGCUGUUACCUUCCCCAACAUUGAUGAAAUGACCAAGAAAUCUGCCAUGAAUCCUCCAGGCACUUUAGCUUACAUUACCGAAGAAGAAGCUUUAUUAGUGCGAGUCAACAAAGGAUGGCAAUAUAUUGCGCUUGGAACAUUGGUACCAAUUGCCACACCUGCCCCACCGACCACAAUAGCACCGCCCGUGCGUGUUGAUAUACAAUCUUCGAAUUUAUUAAAUAAUUUACCACCUUUACUCAAUACGCCAACGUUUACUACGGCUCCCGAAUAUGAAACGUGGUAUCCACGUAUGCUACGCAUUGCUGCCUUAAAUGAGCCAUAUAUCGGAGAUCUUCAGGGUAUACGGGGAGCUGACUUUGCCUGCUAUCGUCAGGGCAGACGAGCCGGCCUGCUGGGGACAUUCAAAGCGUUCCUGUCAUCAAGAGUACAAAAUCUUGAUUCAAUUGUACGUGUCGCUGACCGUGAUCUGCCCGUGGUAAAUACUCGGGGUGAUGUCCUCUUCAACUCAUGGAAGGGCAUCUUCAAUGGCCAGGGAGGUUUCUUCUCUCAAGCGCCACGCAUCUACAGUUUCAGCGGCAAAAGUGUGCUCACAGAUCCCUUGUGGCCACAAAAACAUGUCUGGCAUGGAGCAUUACCCAAUGGCGAACGUUCAAUUGACACAUAUUGCGAUGCCUGGCAUUCCGGAGAGAGGGACAAAAUUGGCUAUGCCAGCAAUUUGCUGGGGAACAAAUUAUUGGAUCAGGAGCGCCUACCAUGCGACAGUAAAUUAAUUGUGUUGUGUGUGGAAGCACUCUCACAGGAUCGACGGAAAAAACGCGACUUGAGUGACAGUGACCAUGACUACCAAACUGCUGACGAAUAUGCAGAACACCUUAGGAGAGUUUUGACUUGAAAUCAAGCUUAGAAUGGCAACAUUUGUAAGUGAACUUCCAAAUGCAAAAUGAAACAAAACACCGUCAUUAUAACGCGAAUAAAGUUUCAACAGUAUCACCAUAUAAA